AGUUAACGCCUGCGCAAUGAAGCUAAGCAGCCCUCGGAGCUUGGCAAGCCGGCCUUGAUGGCUAAGCGCAAAGCGGAGGCGGUGGCCUGUCGCGCGCCUUGCCAGCCGCGCUCUUUCCCGCACGCGCCUCCUUCGAAGCGCUCGCGGAGCGAUCUCGAACGGUGGGAAUCGCGAGGCGCAGCGCGCUGGCUGGAAAACGGCGGCGAGAAGAAGCGCAAAUGGACGGUGGCGGCGGGAGGCGACGAGGCGGAGGCCGGAGGCAAGAGGCUCGCAGAAGGAACGGCGCGGCGGGAGCCCGAGCAACGGCUUCCUAUAGACGCCGGUAUGGCGACCGAAGCGGCGGCCCUCGCCGGAGGAGAUGCAACGGGCAGUCAGGGCGGGCCCCAAAAGCCUGAAGACGACGUUUGGCACUACAACUCCUUCCAGUUCUGGAAGUUACCAUUACCUGCCAUUGAUUUGUCUGAUAUUCAAGAAUUAGAAAAAGGCUCCAUAACAGAAACAAGAUCUUCCAGUAGUCCCUCACUAUCAGAAAUGGAAACCUGAAGAAUAAUCUAUUGGUAUAGACUGUGGAGUGUGGUUACUGUUUUGUACUGUUGUUGCUUGAAAGUGUAAGCAGAAUUGAUACUAUGAAGGUAUUAAAUAUAAUUUGGAGGAAGGGUAACUUCUCCCAAAUUUUUCUAAAAUGAAGGAGUCAUGCUGUAGAAUUCAUCAAAGACUAACUAGAGAAGGUAUCAAUGUAUAGAACAAGUGGAUUGUGAAAUUUAGAGGUUUAUAUGAACAAAAUUUUUUUAGUUCAUUGCCAGUAGAAAUGAAAAAUGCAAAGGGGUGUGGGCUAUUGUAUUGCUAUGGAAAAGAGUACAAGAUUAUAUAUAUAUCUUCCAGUAUAUAUAUAUAGUGUGUAUAUAUAUAUAUAUACUUCCAGUAUAUAUAUACUUCCAGUAUAUAUAUAUAUAGUAUAUAUAUAUAUAUAGUUAUGGCUAGAAAAGAUUUAUUGCUGAGAGUAAUUUAAAUCAGUUAUUUGAUUAUAACGGUUACUUGGGUAAUAAUGUUAAGAAUUUCUAGCAAUUUGCAGACAAAAUUGAAGAAUCAUGAUAGAAAAUGAUAAGAAACCUGUACGUUGGGCCAACUGAUGGAGGGUCUGGACAUAUUUACAAAAAGUGGUUUGCAGCUGGACUGUUCCAGGAGGGAAGUUGCAGUCAGCUUGGAGUAUCUUAAUUGUUAACAGAUUUAGACUGAAAUAAAUCUAGAAGAGUCUUAAAGGAUGAAUAAAGUUAAAUUAGUACACUUAAACCCCCUUUCUCUUCCUUUCCAUGUGGUCCCUAUGGCUGCCCUAGUCUUUCCAUUUUUAUUCACUCCACCUACCUUGUUUUGCACACCACUACCACCACGUUCAAAUACAAGUGGGUCUUGCUAUAUUUUCUCUUGAGUCACCACUUCAGUGCAUAUUCAAUUAGUCCGCUCCUCCCCAUCUUCUUGUGCUUACUUACUCCAUUAUGUUCCUUUAGCUGCAUGCUGCCCAUGUUCACUAGCUUGCCUUCACCAUAACUUGAGCAUAUUAAAAUUAUUCUUUAUUGUCUAAUAAAAUUUCUGCUGACUUCUUAAAACAGUGAAAAAAAUGCUGUUUAUAAAUUAAAAUAAUUCACAUAAAUGAUUUCUUAUUUAUAAUGGUAUUUUCACUUAUAUCUAGAUACCAUUUCAGUAAACUCAAUAAACAAGCAUAGGCAAUGUUUGUAGACUUUUUUAACUAAGCGCAUGUUGAAAUAAUUUUUCUUGUAGAAAAUAAUAAAUAAUAAGACUUCUGUAUAUACUUUCACUGACUUUCCAUAUUUUUCCAACAGUUGUACCGUUCGCUUUAUGUUAAAUUAUAACUGCAUGUAAGCUACAAACUUAGUUUUCCAUGUUUCCAGGCCUGCUGAACUUAGUCUUUGUUCUAAGAGGCUAAAGUUUGGUUAGCAAUUUCAGAUUUUUUUUUUCUCUUAAAAAUACAAAUGCUCCUACAUAGCAGCCUCUUUCUAAUUUUGUACUUAAAUCGUGUUUGCUGUGUUCAUAAGAAUUCAGUAUCAAACUUUUCAGUGCAGAAGAAAAAGCAAGUAUAGUCUUCUUUUUCCUCCAUUCUUCUCCAUUUAUCUGUUGGCUAUUGAAUGAAAGAAAGUUGCAAGAUUUCAGCAACCUAAACAUUCCUGUUCUUUUACCAGCAUUAUUUCAUUACUGUGAAUCAUGAACCAAAGAAACUGGUUUGAGAGAAUAAGACAGAGAAUAAAUGAUCAAAAGAAGCUACCCUUGUAAAAGGAACUAUUAUCUGAAAAAUGCAUAAGGUCACUUACCUUAUGAACACAUUCUUGGAUAGCCAUAAGUUAUUAUUGUAUUUUAAUUAAAAUGUGUAUUGUAAAUCAGA